AUGACGAAGGCAAAGAACGGAGAGGUGGAGAAGAGAAAAGUGGGCUGGUUGCAAGACGAAGGAAGAAAGUCACUUAGUCACCAGGACCCUUGCGCCUACAGCCGUGACGUAGAUGGAAGCAGGAAGCUCGCCGGAGGUACGGCACUAGGCAGGCAGGUCACUACUGCCGCUGUAGCAAUAAUGCUCAAUGCUCAACGUGGCCGGCCUGAGGCCGCUCGUGCCAAUAAGAAUAGCAACAAUUCAGACAGCCAACGGCAGGCUCGGGAAGAGGCGCGCAACUGGCGUCGCGGGGAUCGAUUGGCUGUGGACCGGCAUUCCGGGCGCUGCCGGAGAGCUACACGGCUAUAA